UGAAUGACUUGACUUCAGCUGUCAUUUCUCCUCCAAUCUCCGUCGCGGUGGGUUGUCUCCUGUGCCAGCAUGGGUUUAAUCACGGGACUCUGCGUUUUUUUGUACCACUUACCUCAGAUUUACAAAUGGCUGCUGAAACCGUACUAUAUCACGUCGGUCCUCUUGACCGUCUCCUUCGUGGUGGUGCGAAAGACCCCCGGUCUCUGCGAGCACCUGGCGACCCAGCGCGAGGACGGCAACUCCUGCGACUUUGACUGGAGAGAAGUGGAGAUCCUCAUGUUUCUCAGUGCAAUAGUGAUGAUGAAGAACAGGAGAGCAAUCACACUGGACCAGCACGUGGGGAACUUGUUCAUGUUCAGCAAAGUGGCCAACACCAUCCUUUUCUUCAGGCUGGACAUUCGGCUUGGCAUCCUCUACCUUGCACUGUGCCUCGCAUUUGUCAUGACCUGUAAGCCACCUCUCUACAUGGGCCCAGAGUACAUCAAGUACUUCAGCGACAAGACCAUUGACGAGGAGCUGCAGUGUGACAGUCGUGUCACGUGGAUUGUUGAAUUCUAUGCCAACUGGUCCUCUGAUUGCCAGUCCUUUGCUCCCAUCUUUGCAAGCCUUUCUCUCAAGUACAACUGUGCUGGACUCCGAUUUGGGAAGAUAGACAUUGGUCGCUAUGAAGAGGUUUCAAAGAAGUACAGGGUUAGUACUUCUCCUCUGACUAAGCAGCUGCCCUCAGUUCUGCUUUUUCAAGGAGGGCGGGAAAUUAUGAGGCGUCCAAUGGUGGACAGCAAAGGUAGAGCUGUAUCUUGGACCUUCAAUGAGGAGAACAUCAUCAGAGAGUUUAACCUCAACGAGCUCUUCCAAAAAUCCAAGAAGCUGAACAAAAGUCGUGGUUCGAAGGGAGAAGAGCAGAACAACUCUCAGCCACAAGAGGGUGGCGAAGAGCUGCCUACAGAGAGCAAAAAAGACCAGUGAAGAAGAGGGGCAGCAUCAAGUCUCUGCUUUUCUCUUAAAUACCCAGCAAAGCUGACCUCAUGUACAUGGUCAAAUGUGUAGAUGAUGCAGAUUGGAGCAAUGAUUUGGAGGCAUUUUAUUACACUAAGUUAUUAAAGUACAAAAGUUUUUUUUUUCCUACUUUUUUCCACUUUCGUCAACAUAUCAUUGCUUCAUGUGGACUUUUGCUGCCUGUAUUUAUGAAUUGGUUUGUUUACCUUUUUGUCACAGCCAAAGUAAAAUAUGAGAACAAGAUUGUGUGUACCGAUAAAAGAUUCAAGACAAAUUCACUUUCAA